UCAGCAUAAAACACUCAGUAGUGAAGCGGUUUCUCUCCCCCGUCACAAGCUUAGUUUUUAAAAAUAAAACUAAAAAUAAUAAAUGAGCUCUGCUCAAAAUUUAAGUAGCAACAAACGAUAGUAAAUAAAUAAAUAAUAAAAAAAACAAGAUGGUUUGAAUGCUCUAAUGUCAGUAUCUAAGUCCGAUGUGUCCGAGUGACACCUAUCCGAUAAGUAGAUAAUAAUUUUUUAUAUUUAUUAUAAAUAAACAAAAAAUAUUAAAUAAAGCUGAGAUAAUAAAAAAAAAAGCCGUUAUACGAGUUUACUCGGCUAUGCCUCGUCGACUUUGCUCAUACUCACGACCCGUAGUCUCGUCGAUAGUCGAUACCCGCGGCUUCGGAGAGUAACAGCCCGGUCGCGUGUCCCCGUUGAGGAACUCUCUCUCUGUCAGUGUCAGAGAGUCCUCCUCAGCGGGUCUAUUUAUCUUCGAUAGUUAAUAGCUGUUACUAUUAUUAUUAUUAUUAAAAAAAAAAAAUAACAAAAACAGCAACAAGAUUUCUGAUAAAAAAAUAUUGAUGUUGCAGUAACAGUUUUAAAAUAAUCUGUUUAAAUAACGUCAAGUGUGUGGUGCUGUGGGGGUGUAAGGGAUGAAGGCCGGGAGGAUAAUUCUGGUGACGAUCUGAGAUCAGAAAUGUUGAAGUUCGGCAGCAAAAACGAUGUUACGGUGGUACAUCGUGCCACUAUUCGAUUACUUGACGACUCCGAAAUUAUCCACUGCGACUUUCAGCCCCAGCACAAAGGAAGAUAUAUCCUUGAGUAUGUAUGCAAACAACUUAACAUCAUUGAGACUGAUUACUUUGGACUUCGUUUCGUGGAUCAUUGCAGGCAACGACAUUGGCUGGACCUAGCGAAGUCGGUGAUCAAGCAAGUAAAAGAUAUGGAGCCGAUUCUGUUCAGCUUCCGCGUGAAAUUCUACCCACCGGAUCCCCUGAGGCUGAAGGACGAGAUUACGAGAUAUCAAAUUUAUCAGCAACUCAAGAGGGACCUUCUGCAUGGACGACUGUAUUGCAGCCCAGGAGAGGCAUCGCUGCUGGCAGCUUGCAUACUCCACAAUGAGCUCGGCGAGUACGAUCCUGAGAUCCACGUGGGCAAUUACAUCUCCGAGCACAAGCUUCUGCUCAAGCAGACAGAGACCAUCGAAGAAAAAGCUAUGGAACUGCAUCAAACACAGCUCAAGGGUUUUACUGCUGAACAAGCGGAGAUACAUUUUCUCAGGCUAGCGUCUCAACUUGACACCUAUGCGGUUGAUCCCCAUCCUGUCAAGGAUCAUAAAGGGACCCAGCUGUACUUAGGAAUCAAUCAUCACGGAAUCCUCACAUUUCAGGGCUCACGGCAGACAAAUCACUUCCGCUGGUCUGAAGUACAGAAAAUAAAUUACGAGGGGAAAAUGUUUAUUGUCCACUUGACCAUCACCGAGGAUUUGAGAACGAAGAAAAAACAUACCGUCGGCUUCAAGUGCCCGACUGGAUCCAAUUGCCGUCACGUAUGGAGAUGUGCUAUUGAGCAGAUGCUAUUUUUUACAUUGCCCAGAGCCUCGGACGCACCAGUCGUAAGCGGAGGAUCUAUAUUCUCGUGGGGCACCAAGUUUAAGUACACCGGGAGAACGGAGAGGGAAGUGUUGGAGGAAACGGCUGCGGCAUCUGCGGGUUCCGGAGAGGCUUCAUCGCUGCGUGGUAAAGGCGACGGAACAGUCCAACGUUGUCAGAGUGCUGGACUACGUAGAAAAGCGAGUAGUGUACCGGCAACACCAAGCACUCCGAGCCAAGAUCUCAUUGAAAUUCGAUAUUCAAGUUUGCCAAGAAGCUGCCAUAGCGCGGGUUUAGACGGCGCUGGUAUGGCUGAGGCAGGAGCAAAUGCCUCAGGUGUUCCCCUUAGUUCUCCCUAUUGCCCUGACAAUACAUUGCCACUAUUGGAGACUGUAUCAGAGGACCAAGAAAUAUAUGCCAAGAGAAAUAACGCGGUAGACGAAAAUGAAUCGCAUGCGAGUGCCACCCACACCAUCACAUCCACCACAAAUCAAGUGAAAAAAGUGAAAUUACCAAAUAAGAACACAUUCGGCCGCCCGCCGGCGUUGUACAGUCAAAAAAUAGUCAUAGGCUCUGAAGAACUUGUGGGAAAAAAUAUCGAUAAAGUGGUGCGGCAAAAAAUAAACUCAUUUGAGAAAAGUCCUAAAAUUAUAAGAUCCACGGCGCUUAUUAUUAAGACAUCCAGAACACCCAUAAAAACGUCAUCAUCAUUGUCAGCAUUAUCUAAAAUAAAUCCACGUACUAACAAUACAAAUCCGACAAUUAAAAAUUCAAAUACUUAUUCAAUAAUUGAUACGACAUCCGAACGUCUCAAUGGAUUUAAUAGCUCGGAAUCUCGUGAGAGCUUAAAAAAUAUUAUACCCGUUGAGAGUCAGGUAAGCCCGUCAUUGUCUGUCGUCAAGAUGACGAAUAAUGACAGUCUAGAAACCACAAAUACUACGACAACUUCUAAUACUACUUCAACAACACAAAAGACUACAGUUAAUGGCAGCAUAAUUUCCACAAGAACUAGAAAUGGACCAAUGGCUCUUGCUAUGGCAAUUGCUGCAGCGGCUGUAGCUGCCACUACAUCAAAUACUUCAACAUGCGGCGGUGGAAACACUUGCAAAAAUUUCCCGUCAAGUGUUAAAAAUGGACACGAACCAGGAGGCCAAGUGGGCGACGGUGAUACAAAUGAUUAUUUCUUUCGAGACUCGUUCGAUCACUCGUCCUCCGAAAGUCAAUUACUGGAUGGACUUGGAAAAACACAAAGUAGAUCAGUCACGCCGGUACCAAAAAUGCAAAAGCUGCAGAAUAGUAAACUUUGUUUGCAACCAGUUGGUGCAGGAACAAGAUCAGUUAUUGUCGGUGGUGGUACCAGUAGAUCACGUGCGUUACGUAGUGUCAGAUUUAUACGUCUAUUUGUAUCAGCAUUUGUUCUUACAGUAACGAUGUUAUUUAUCGUUAUUGUUAUUGUUUUUGAAACUGACUCGGCGGUGUUUGAAAGCAUGCGCAAAACACCUGAGAUGAUUGCGUUCAAAAGUCACUACUACGUGCCCAUCAAAGAGUUUCUCAGGACCAAACUCGGCCUAUUUUGAUUUGGCAAAUGGCCGAAUACGAGAAAAUCUUUGAAUGCUCAGUCAGUUUUUUUUUUUUUUUUUCUAAAUGAUAAUAAAUAAAUAAUAAAUAAUUUGACAGUGCCAAGUCAAAAAUAGCCAAGCCAACAAAUUAUUAAACCAUCAUUAACUUCCAUUACUAUUUUGGAAAUCAUUAAAACAAUAAUUGUAAUUAUUUUAUUUCUAUUUGCUACUGAAAAAAUUUAUUGUACGCUAAUAUGACGGAUUAAUUAACAAGGGCAUGGCCUAUCGAGACAGAUAGAUUUUUUAUAGAGAAAUUAUAAUUUUGUGUGAAAAUACUUCCUAAUAAAAAUAACAAAAUAAAAAAAAAUUCGAGUGAAACAGGCGUAUCUAGACAGAGUUAAAUAUUUUAUCAUUGAACGAAAAAAAAUAAGAUUGUGUCUGUACAACUGUAGGUCUUUAAUGUGUAAUAAAUAAUAGAUUAUAGAAUGAUUUGUUAUUGUGGUUCACUUAAAAAUUAAUCACUCAUAUUGGUGUAAUUGAAAUAAAUGCGAAAAGUUAUUAUGUGACGUAGAAAAGUUAUUAAAAAAUAAAAGUUAGUCUUCAUCGCUUCGUAAAUCAUAAAUCAUGAAAAUAAGUAAAUUCAUAUUAUUAUUAUUAUGAUAAUAACAUUACAGAUUUUUUGAUUAAAAAAAAAUUAAAGUAAAAAAUUACUGACUGUGAGUCAUAUAAAUAUUAUUGUAUUUCCUAAAAGUGCCUACGCAAUUCUAGAAUUCCUUCGCGCAUGCUGCGUGUUUUUGGCUAAGAUUUAAAGAAAUAUAUAUAAUAUGUCUUAUAUUACACUCCAUGGUCAAUUUAAAUGGUCGCAAAAAUUUUUCAAGAGCCAAACCAAAAUAGUAAUAAUAAUAAUAAUAAUAAUAAUCAAUUAUAAAAGCUGCUAAUUAUAUAUUAUUUAGAGUAGAGGUACCGUUUUUGGCCAGUUUUGGACACUUGAAAAAUAAAGUCGAAUUCCAUUAACUCGGACAGCUACCCUGAUUAAACAACUGAAUUCGACCGAAUUAAAAAUUUUAAUUCUGUUAUAUUCUGUCGAAUUCUACAAAACAGAAUUCAACUGAAUUGAAAAUUUGAAUUUGAAUUAAACAGAAUAAAACCGAUUUUAAAAUUUCAAAUUCGUUUUAAUUCAGUUUAAUUCGGAUUCAGAACCAGAAAUUGGAGAAUUAUUUUCGAAUUAAUCAGAAGUAAACUGAAUAGAAUUAUUUAAAUUCGUUUUAAUUUGGACAAAUUCUGGUUUUCCUACCGAAUUGGACAGAAUUCAUUUUUAAGUUAGGUACUGAAUUAACAAAAUUUAUCUGAAUUAAAUAGAAUUAAAGAUUUAAUUCUGUUUAAUUCGAUCGGAUUCAGUUGUUUAAUCAGGGUAGUCUAUGGAGGAGUGGAAAUUUAGUGGAAUUUCCGAGUUAACGGAUGUCCCUUCUCCCUUAAAAAGUAAAAUUUAACGCAUGCGCUCUCACAUCUACAUGAAUUAUGGCAUGUAAAUAUACACAGAAACAUACAAAUGUAUAGCACCGGGUAGGAGACGGCGUGCUCGUAGUGGGGGUCAAGAUUGAGGGGAAGUUCCGAGAUAAUGGAGUUCGACUGUUCACGGAAAAAUUAUUCCUGGUAUGAUAUCGUGUCAUAGUAAAGCCAGACCACUUUGGCCACCUGCAGAAUUGAAUUGAACACAUGGAAAAAUUACUGCCACAGUAAAAUUUGUAACGAUUACAUCACAAAUUACUGUAACCAUUUUGAAGUUUACUAUGGUCACAGUAAUUUUUCCAUGUUUAUUUUAAUUCUGCAGAUGACCAAAGUGGUCUAGCUUUACUAUGAAACCAUAUCAGGAAUACUUUCUCCGUGUAAAAAUAAAAUAAUUUGUAAACGACGCAAUGACAUAAUUAAUUUUUGAAACGUGUACAAAGAUACUUUUAUCACACUGUUACAAUGUUAAUUUUAUUAUAUACUUUUUGAUUAAUUAAAACAAAGUAUUAACUGUCCAAAAAUUGAGCGUGACCACAAAUGGCACUUCUACUUAACAUUUUCCUGUGCGUGACAAAUGCGUAGGAACAUUCAUAUGUAUAUUAAAAUCAUAUAUGUAAUAAAUUGACAUACGUAGGUUUCAAUAAAUGCUUACACUGUCAUCUAAAUUUGAGUGAUAAUGAGGCACGUUGUUUACUUAAUAAAUAAAUAAAUAAAUAAAUGAAUAAAUAAAAUUGUGUAUAAAUAAACGGAUGUCAAUUGCAAUAAAUCCGAUAAGAAUAGAUAUUAAAAAUAAUUGUGGAUAGUAUUUGGAUAAUAAAGUAAAAUAAAAAUUUGAUUUUUGUGAAAAGUCAUCUGCAAUUACAGCAGCAUUAUUAUUAUUGUUAAGUUAUUUUAUUAAAUUUAUUGUAAAUUGUAUUAUAAAUUGAUGAGUGUUUUAAUUAAAUUGUUUCAAUGAAAAGUAAUGAUAAUAAUAAUGCUUACUAGAUUAUCUAACAGAGUCAUGGCAGUUGUGAAAACGAUAGUUUGAAUCAUCUAAUUACUACUUUUAUCUAAUUCGCGUGGAUAAAAUAAAUAAUAAUAAUGAAUUGUACUGAAUUUGUGGUAGAGGAAUUAUGUGAGCCUUUAUAGUAAUGCGGAGAGACGAUUUAAUUAUUAUAGAAGACAUUUAAAAAGUAAUAUAGUUUUAGUAAUGCUUUCUUAGCUUACAUAUCAUAGUUAUUUAAAAAUAUUGUUGUCAUUCGUAACUGUUUUAUUUUAUUAAUUAUAUUUUUAUCAUAUUUUUUAAAAUUGUUUAUUAUUUAAUACGGUGCUGUACGGUGAAAAUAAUAUAUUAUGAAGAUAAUUGAAGGCCAUGACAUAUACAUACUGUGACAAUUAAAAUUUAUACACGAAAACAAUCAUUAUAAUCUACACGCUAAGCUGAUUAUUUUUAUUUAACAUUUAAAUUUAAUUUAUUUAAUAAAUAAAAUCGAGUGUGAAAAAUAAAAAAAUAAAUAUAAUGUGAAAUCCGUCAGAAUUUUUUAAAAUAAUAAAGCUGAGGCUGAGAUAAAAAACAAAAAAAACAAAAUAA